AUGUUUACCGUGAUGGCCCGCCAGCCUUGUGAACAAGCAGGCUUCAGGGCCCUCUCCCGGACUCCAGGCAUCGUCACCUUGGUGGUCUUGCUUGUGAGCAUCGUGGUGCUUGUGACACUCACGCUCAUCCAGAUCCGCCACCCUCAGGUCCUCCCUCCGGGGCUGAAGUAUGGAAUCGUGCUGGAUGCUGGCUCUUCCAGAACCACCAUCUACGUGUACCAGUGGCCAGCGGAGAAAGAGAAUAACACGGGAGUAGUCAGUCAAACCUUCAAGUGCAGUGUGAAAGGCUCUGGCAUCUCCAGCUAUGAGAAUAAUCCCCAAGAUGCCCCCAAGGCCUUUGAGGACUGCAUGGUAAAAGUCAAGGAACAGAUCCCAGAGCCCCUCCACGGAUCCACCCGAGUUUACCUGGGAGCCACAGCUGGGAUGCGCUUGCUGCGGUUGCAGAACGAGACAGCAGCUCAGGAAGUCCUUGAGAGCAUCCAAAGCUACUUCAAGUCCCAGCCUUUUGAUUUUAGGGGUGCUCAGAUCAUUUCUGGGCAAGAGGAAGGGGUGUAUGGAUGGAUUACAGCCAACUAUAUCAUGGGAAAUUUCCUGGAGAAGAACCUGUGGCACAUGUGGGUUCACCCGCACGGAGUGGACACCACAGGAGCCCUGGAUCUAGGCGGCGCCUCCACCCAGAUAUCCUUUGUGUCUGGAGAGAAGAUGGAGCCCAAUGCCAGCGACACGGUGCAGGUGUCCUUGUACGGCUACACGUACACACUCUACACACACAGUUUCCAGUGCUAUGGCCGCAAUGAGGCGGAGAAGAAGCUCCUGGCGAUGCUUCUGCAGAGCUCUCCCACUGGAACCAACAUCAGCAACCCCUGCUAUCCUCGGGGUUACAGCUCCACCUUCAACUUGGGCCACAUUUUCGGUAGCCUGUGCACAGAGAAGCACAGGCCAGACAGCUACAACCCCGAUGAUGUUGUCACCUUCACGGGAACUGGAGACCCAUGGCUGUGCAGGGAGAAGGUGGCCUCUGUGUUUGACUUCAAAGCUUGCCAGGAGCAAGAGGCUUGUUCCUUUGAUGGUGUUUACCAGCCCAAGGUUCAAGGGCCAUUUGUGGCGUUUGCAGGGUUCUAUUACACAGCCAGUGCGCUAAACCUCUCAGGAAGCUUCUCCCUUGCCUCCUUCAACAGCAGCAGCUGGGACUUCUGCAAACACACCUGGAUGGAGCUCCCGUCCCUGCUCCCCAGAUUUGAUGAGGUGUAUGCCCGCUCCUACUGCUUCUCAGCCCACUAUAUCUACCACCUGCUCGUAAAUGGAUACAAAUUCACUGAGGAGACUUGGCCUCAGAUACGUUUUGAGAAAGAAGUGGGGAACAGCAGCAUUGCCUGGUCCCUAGGCUACAUGCUCAGCUUGACCAACCAGAUCCCAGCUGGAAGUGCCCUGAUCCGUCUACCCAUACAGCCACCGGUUUUUAUGGGAGUGCUGGCCUUCUUCACGGCCAUUGCCCUGCUGUGUCUGGCAUUUCUUUUGUAUCUGUGUUCAGCAUUCAGGACAAAGGGACGCUCCGAGAAUGCCUUCGACCAAGCAGUAGACUCUGACUGAGUCUCCAAGCAGCAACCUGAGCCCAAGGCUGCCUGUAACCCGCCUUGAGUGACACCAGGCAGAGUGAGCAAAGUGGCUGCCACCGGGACCUGCUCCAUGGUCACAUGCCAAGGUCAUGUGUCUUGCAGCUACUGGUUCCUGCCAGAGAACCUCCCCGGAGAGUCCCUUAACUACCCAGCGAGAAGAGUUGCCCCCUGUGACCCCUCCCCACCUGAUCGCUGAUCCACUGGGAAUCAAGGAGACACAGGCAGUCACGUUCAGAGACUCCAUCCACUCUGGAGGAAGUUGGGAAUAUAAUAGUUAAUGGGGAGGUACUGACCACAGGGCUCAGUUUCCAUUUUCUCUCCAUCACUAUUCUUCCUAGCAAUGCACCCAUGAAGGCUCUGACUGAGACAUCUCACCCAUGCUCUGUCCUGGAGCGGUAAGGCUCUCCUGUCUUUUAGUUGAGUCCAGCCCUAUCAAGCCACUGAUACUUUCUUUUAGCAAUCCCAUAAGCACUGAGCUCCCUGACGUUAGUGGGAAAGGUGCUAGUGUAAAGUCUCAGGUAGCCCAUGCUAGCCUCCAAUUCACUGUGUGGCCGAGGGUGACCUUCGGCUUCUGAUCUGCUCCCGAGUCCUGCAAUUAUGGCUAUGAAUCAUGGUACCAGUUUAUGAGAAGCUAGGGCUAGAACCCCAGGGAUUCAUGAAUGCUAGGCAACUAUUCUACCAACUGAACCUUAUCCCCAGCUCAGAAAACUCUGUGGUCCCAAGGAUUCCUGGCCUCUGUCACGUAGACAGAGCCUGAAGCACACAGAUGCAUAGAAGUCCCUAAAAACGGUAGCUAUCCUCAUUGUGGAAUUCCCACUCGGGGCUCUGGUCAUGAGAUUAGACUCGGUGUGUGUGGUCAUCCUUGUGUAAUUGUCUCACUGCUGUGUCCUCCUCUAAAUCACACCCAGUCGGCUGCCCCAGAGUGGAUCUCAUUGACCCGGCAAGCCUCUUGCUCAGGGCUGACUUUCUGCUGUCACCAUGGCAUGUGGCUUUCCCACAACUCUCACAGGCAUACUUGACCCAGUGCUAAGACAUCCCAGUCUGGAAUUUCUGGUCAAUUAUUUCACCUGGUUACA